UUAGACAAUCACGAUGACCAAAUAGAUUUACGAAGAAUUAUCCCUUUUGGAGACUUGCCGCCCGACCCUUCUAACUCAACAGUAAAAAAAAGAAAUAUUAUUAGAGCAAAGAAUUUUUUCCAGCAAAAAGUAAGUGAAGAAAACUAUUUUAGCAUUUAUCAAACAGUUUUAGACAAUUUUUAUUUUUCGCUGAUUAUCCUCGAUGAAGAGACUGAUUCAGAAAUCUUUAUGACUCUAAACACGGCAGGAGAAGACUUAACCAUCCCUGAUUUAGUAAAAAGUGCACUUACUCGUCGGAACGAUAAUCAAGCUUUUCAAGAAAGCAACUGCUACAAAAGAACAUUAGAUGACAAGAUAAAUCGCUUUUAUCGGGACAAGAUUAAAAAAGGAGACAAGGAAGAAAACGCAAAAUUUCUAGAUUUGCUGGUAAAAUAUGCUGAGGUUUAUGAAAAGAUAAUUAAUGCUGAUAAUUAUCGUUGGUGGUGGGAGCAAAACUGGUCUUUUGAAAUGUUUAAGACUGUUUUUGACCUUCUCCUCCUAUUGGAACGCAAAGAAUUAAUUUCCCAAGUUUUAGCAAUCCAUUUUCAAUUUCAGGAAAAAACACAAGAAGAAAAAUUAGCGAUCACCAAAGAACUAAAAAAGUUGGUGGUUUAUGUUUUCCGAGCCGUAAUUGUUAAAAAAGGACUUGAAGAUGCCGAUGCCCUUCGAGCCAUCCGAAUUAAUACUCUAAAAAUGAUAAAUUCUGGUCAAACUUCACUAUUUGAACAAGAAAAGUAUCCAAUUAACCUAAUCAUUAAAGAAUUUCAACAAGGUUCAAAUUUAUUCUAUCAAGCCCUUGGAGAACAACAAAACAAGAGAGACAAAGAAUUUCAAAGUUGA